AUGACUUGUCUUGGGAUGAGUUGUCUUGGGGAUGACUUGUCUUGGGAUGAGUUGUCUUGGGAUGAGUUGUCUAGAAACCAGGAAAUUGAUCAUGUGAUUGGUAAAGAACAGCUUCCGGAGCUAUCAGAUCGUGAGAAGAUGCCAUAUAUGGAAGCAACAAUUCUUGAAACGCUGCGUUACAUGUCGAUGAUCCCAACAAUCUUACAUAAAACAACUUGUGAUACCAAUAUAGCUGGUUGUGAUCUCCCAAAGAAUACACAGGUUUGGAUGAACUUAUAUGGCAUGCACCAUGAUAAACGUUACUUCAAACACAACCCAGAUUCUUUUGAUCCUUCACGAUUCCUGGACUCUGAUGGCCAUCUAGUUCCACAUGAGGAAAGAAAAGCGGUGCUGGCAUUUGGAGCAGGUAGGCGUGUCUGUAUGGGAGAAGUUCUUGCAAAAACCAGGGUGUUUCUCCUCUUUACACAGCUGUUACAAAACUUUUACUUCGAGCAAGCCGACCCUGAAAAUCCUGUCCUGUUUGAUAUGAGGAAAUUUAUAGCUGGGCCAGAUACUUUAAUCGCACCUAAAUUUAAGAUAGUAGCGAAACCUCGUUAG